AUGAGCAGUCCCUCCGAAACUUCCUCCUACAGACCUGACGAUUCCGACAACGACUCUGAUUUCGCUCCAUCAGCUCGAGGGCGCCAGAAGCAGCGCUCUACUUCGCUUGCUCAAGACUUCGAUAUCGAGUACUCGACAUCUCAGAAUCCAACACAACCUGAAAUCCAAACAGAGGAGCAAGAUGAAGACCCGCCGGAUUCCUCACAAAGUCGGUGGGAAAGGCUGGAUGUAUUAUUGCAACAUGUAAACAACAUCAGCCUGGAUCAUUACAUAAAAACCUUGGAAAAAUCACAGGUCGAUGUCCCCAUUGACACCGCGGACGCUUCUAAGCCGUUCUAUCGCGUCGCCCAGCAUGGUGCUGUGGUCUGGUCUCACAUAGAGAAAGAAACUAUGUUUAGAGCUCUCAACAAGAAGGGCAAACACGGGAUCGAGCAGAUCGCUGCUACUAUUGGAACAAAGUCAGUGCUCGAAGUAGCGGAUUACCUCAAAUUGCUUCAGCACAGCUUGGCGGAGCGACACCUUACUCCUCAACGACUCAGGACUAUUAUCAUGGGGGACAUCCCUGCUGCCGUCGAAGUCAGCAAGGAAUGCUGUGAUGAGCUGGACAAGUAUGCAGAAGCAGCGGUAUUGAGAGAAGACAUUGAUUUGGAAAAAAAGACCCGACUACUAUACGUCGACAAUGCGCUCAUUUCUGACUUUCAAGCAAAACAUCUUAAGUCAAUGGAGGUAAACACCCCUUUGCCAGGCAGUAUUCAUUUGGCUGCCAAUUUGUUGAACGUGCCAAAUUGGACCCAAACAUCUGGGUACUUCUUUAUGAAUUUUGGCGGCACGAGAGCUGAAGACUCUUGGCAAAAUCUUGUUCAAUCGAGAAGCGAGACACCUUGCAUAUAUGGCGAUGCACUUAUGGAUUUUUAUGCGCUUACCAUGUCAAUUACGCGACGCUUGGUUCAGUCGUCAAUAUUUUUUGCUCUGGCACGACUACGCGGCCUGGACAGAAUCGGCAGAACAAGAAAGCAGGAUAUUCGAAAAAGGGAUGUCAGAGCCGCCAUUGACGUGAUGAACAUGAAACAUAAUCGAGCCGGAUUUUUCAUCAACAUCGCCCGCCAGCAUCAAUUAGAGAUCGUGGAUGAUUCGAAUGAAACCGAUCCCCAGACUCUGAGUUACGAUGAGGCGGAGGAAGCUCUUCGGCCCCGAAAAUCAGCCCAUGACUCUGAAACCGACGUCGAAAACUCCGCAAGUGAAUCAGAGGAGAAAAUCGACAACUCUAACUCGGAGGCGACACAAUCCAAAUCACAACCAAAUAUAAACCCUGCCUCCUCUUCAGAGUCUCGCUCCCAGAAUCAACUGCUACCCAAAGUUCCAUGGAACACGAUACCCCUGGAUCCUGAAGAAGAGCAUGCAGAUCUCCUCGACCUGGAAAAUAGUCGGUGCGAGGAACUGAAGCUAUGGGAUCUGAUGGGAACCCCUGCGCCAUCUAAACUCAAUAACCGCAUUCCCGCGUCUUACCAUCCUCGCACACAGCGCAAGUCCAGAGACGAUCUAGCUGAUUGGCGCGAUCGUGUUCUCUACCGCAGUGAAUGGGAAGAAUAUGGUGAUGGCACACAGGAUCUUCAAGACGACUUAGCUGCCAACUCACGGAAAAGGCGCCUGUCUUCCCAUGAAGUGGAGACUGAAUCGGACAUCGAACGGCCAAGAAGAAGAAAGAGAACACGAAACAAAUCGCCAUCACGAUCACAGCCACGACCACAACCAAAUAUCCCAAGACCUAAAUCUGCUCGGUCUGUUCGUGAUAUUUCUUCUGAUGAAGAGGAGCUGGAAGGUUCUGAUAAGAAUGGGGAAAUGGGGGAUAUUGAUGUUGGUCAAGAGUCAAUUCAAAGAGAUGAGGAUAAUCAGGUUGAUGAGAACGAGGAUGAUCAUAAUCGCAUGGAUAUGGAUGACGAAUCAAGCCAUGCUCCAAGCUAUAUUGAUAUAAGUGAGACCUCGCCAUAG